AAAACCUUCGAUAUCAUCGCGCUGCAUGUGGCAGAAGUUCGAACCCUCGACACAACGAUGAGCGACCGAUGAUUCACGGUACGGAACGCGCGAAUGGUGGCCUUCUUUUUCCGGUGACAAGUCCGACACGAAGCACCCAAAAUGUUGAUGCCCAAGAAAAACCGCGUUGCCAUUUACGAGUACCUCUUCAAGGAGGGAGUAAUGGUGGCUAAAAAGGAUUAUCACGCACCCAAGCAUCCAGAACUCGAGACCAUACCCAAUUUGCAGGUUAUCAAAGCUAUGCAGUCCUUGAAGUCACGAGGUUACGUCAACGAGCAGUUUGCUUGGAGACACUUCUACUGGUACCUGACGAACGAGGGCAUCGAAUACCUGCGAGCUUAUCUCCAUCUCCCUCCAGAAAUCGUUCCUGCAACAUUGAAGAGACAGGUCAGACCUGAAACCGCGCGGCCCAGACCCGCCGCUGGCCCUAGGAGCGAGGGAUCGCGACCAGCUGAAGACCGUGCUGGUUAUCGCCGAGGUCCUGGCGGACCGCCAGCACCUGGUGAUAAAAAGGCUGAUGUUGGCGCUGGUACUGGUGAUCUCGAGUUCCGUGGAGGAUUUGGGCGCGGAAAAGCUCCACAAUAAAUAAGCUUCGUUUAUUACAUAAAAUGCAACAAAAUCUGUAUAAUCAUGAAUAAAACAUGACUCAGUACAUA